AUGUCCGCUCAAGCAGUGACUGGGGAACCGAUCCCAGUUGUUCCCCGUAUCGAGAAGAAACCUGUCAAGUUCAGCAACCUGCUGCUGGGUGCCGGGCUGAACUUGUUUGAGGUCACGACGCUGGGACAACCGUUGGAAGUCAUCAAGACGACCAUGGCCGCCAACCGAAAAGACACCUUUGCAGGUGCCAUGGCGAGGAUAUGGGGCCGCGGUGGUAUCCUUGGAUACUACCAGGGCCUCAUUCCUUGGGCCUGGAUCGAAGCCUCGACCAAGGGCGCCGUGCUGCUCUUCGUCGCCUCUGAAGCCGAAUACCGAGCCCAAACCUUUGGAGCCAACCACUUUGUCGCCGGGAUUGCUGGGGGCAUGGUAGGCGGUGUGGCCCAGGCAUACGCCACCAUGGGAUUCUGCACCUGCAUGAAGACGGUGGAAAUCACCCAGCACAAACUGGCCGCGCAGGGCGUGAAGCCGCCCUCGACGUUCAAGACGUUCGCCGACAUCUACCGAAAGGACGGUAUCCGAGGCAUCAACAAGGGCGUCAACGCUGUCGCCAUCCGCCAGACCACCAACUGGGGUUCUCGCUUUGGCCUUUCGCGCCUGGCCGAGACCGGCAUCCGCAGAGUCACCGGGAAGGAGCAUGGCGAACAGCUCAACGCCUACGAAAAGAUCCUGGCCAGCGGGCUCGGCGGUGGCUUGUCAGCCUGGAACCAGCCGAUCGAGGUCAUUCGUGUCGAGAUGCAGAGCAAAACCGAAGACCCGAACCGGCCCAAGAACUUGACCGUCGCAAAGACGUUCCGAUAUAUCUACGACUCCAACGGCAUCAAAGGUCUCUAUCGGGGUGUUACUCCUCGCAUUGGCCUCGGCAUCUGGCAGACCAUCUGCAUGGUUGCUUUGGGUGAUAUGGCCAAGGAAGCGGUCGAAAAACUCACCGGGGAUAAGGUCACCGCGAAGCACUAA